GCUAAAAUCUCCGCUAUGGCUUCUAAUUCUAACCUCUCUAACCACGCUGUCGCUGCUAAUGGAGUCGGCGAACCUGACCAUCUCUUCGCUGACGUCGGCAAUAAAGUUGCGGAUGCUGCCGGAGAAGUUAUUCGCAAAUAUUUUCGGAGUAAAUUUGAAAUUCUUGAUAAAGAGGACUUGAGUCCUGUAACAUUGCCGAUCGACGCAGAGGAAGCUAUGAUUUCAAUUAUAUUAGAGAUUUUUCCUUCUCAUGCAAUUUUUGGAGAGGAGAAUGGAUGGAGGUGUAAAGAGAAGUUUGCAGACUAUGUUUGGGUUUUGGAUCCAAUAGAUGGGACAAAGAGUUUUAUCACUGGGAAACCCUUGUUUGGUACUCUCAUUGCACUGUUAUAUCGAGGGAAACCGAUUCUUGGCAUAAUUGAUCAGCCUGUUUUGAGAGAAAGAUGGAUUGGAAUAAGUGGAAAGAGAACUACAUUGAAUGGACAAGAAGUGUCUACACGCACUUGUGCAAAAUUGUCGCAAGCAUAUUUAUACACUACAAGCCCUCAUCUCUUCAGUGGAGAUGCUGAACAUGCAUUUGAUCGUGUGAGAAGUAAGGUGAAAGUGCCACUGUAUGGUUGUGACUGCUAUGCUUAUGCCCUUUUGGCUUCGGGAUAUGUGGAUCUAGUUGUUGAGUCUGGUCUCAAGCCAUACGAUUUUCUUGCUCUGAUACCUGUAAUAGAAGGUGCUGGGGGUGUUAUAACUGAUUGGAGAGGAGAUCAACUUUACUGGGAGGCUUCUUCAGAUUCACGUCCAACAAGUUUCAAUGUGGUGGCUGCGGGAGACAAACAAAUUCACCAACAAGCUUUGGAGUCAUUACAAUGGCAGUGAAGAUUUGCAUUUGUCUGCAACUCAUGGAAAAAUGGUAAAAUUCCACCAGUUCCCUUGAUCAGGAGUUGGGUUCAUGUAUUUAUCUCGAGAACAAGCGUGACCAUGGGGACUAAAUGAACUACUAGAAAUAAAAUAAUGAUUAUUGAGAGGAUUAAAUGUCAUUUGUCUUUGCCGUAUAUCAACAAGAAAAUUGAAAUAUUGCUUUAUAGAAUUGCU